AUGAUAAAAAAUCAUCAUUGUCGUGGAUCACUAUCACCACAUCAUUCAACAUUUGUAUUUAGUUUAUACAUUAUCGCAAUUGUAUUACUUUCAAUUAUAUCUCAUUCCAAUCAUCAGGUCAAUGGAGAACUGAUUGAAUACUCGGUCAAGGGAUUACACGUUGAAGGAAAGUUUAUCAAAAAUGGAAAGGGAGAAGUCAUCCAGUUGCGUGGUGCCAAUCGUCCCGGCACGGAAUACUGUUGCGUGCAGUACGGAAAGAUAUUUGACGGACCGUCAGAUAUGGAUCAUCUCAAAGAAAUGGUUAAUUGGAACAUCAAUGCAGUCCGUGUGCCACUGAAUGAAGACUGCUGGCUCGGUUUACACGCCAAGGAGAGUGACCACUUUGGAGCAGCCUAUCGCAAGGCCAUCACACAGUACAUCAAUGAUAUUACAAGUCUCAAUAUUGCCGUCAUUAUCGAUUUGCAUUGGGCUGGUGAUGGAGGAGGUAGUAUCUUGGCAGAGAAACAAAUUCCAAUGCCCAACAGUGUCAACUCUCCCACUUUUUGGAAGUCGGUUGCCAACACAUUCAUCGAUAAUACCGCCGUCCUCUUUGAUCUCUACAACGAGCCAUAUCCAUACGGUAACGAUUGGGACAGUGAAAAUGCCUGGAAGUGUUGGAGAGAUGGAGUAGACUGUGGUGACACCAUCACCUAUAAACCAGCCGGCAUGCAACAACUCGUCAGUGCCGUCCGUUCAACCGGUUCAAAAAAUAUAGUCAUUCUUUCUGGUAUUCAAUAUGCCACAUCUUUAACAAAAUUCCUUCAAUAUAUUCCUGUUGAUCCAAUUAAUCAAAUGGGAGCAGCAAUACAUUCAUAUGAUUUUAAUUUUUGUAGAUCAAGAGGAUGUUGGGAUACUUAUCUUAGACCAGUGUUUGAGAAAUAUCCAAUUGUAGCAACCGAGACUGGACAACGUGAUUGCAAGACGGAUUUCAUUCGUGAUUUCCUUCACUAUUGUGAUCAAAAUGAUAUCCAUUAUUUGGCAUGGUCAUGGUUGGUAGCUCCAUGUGACAAUCCAUCGCUUAUUACCGACUAUGACGGCACACCAACUGUGUAUGGUCGUGGUCUAAAGUUGCAUCUCAACGCACUAGCCAACAACGAAGAGCCAUUCUACAGUGACACAUUUGAUAUGUUUAACGACAAGUUUACACAUUGGGUUGACAAUUGGUCCACCGACAAGGCAAUGCUCUCCAACAGCUCAGAUGUCGUUCACGAAGGUGAAUAUGCCAUCUUUUAUCAUCCAGAGACUGACCAAACACUCCAUCUUAGAUGCUGGGGUUGCGUACAAACCGAUAUUCACAAGCAGGUAGAAUUCUGGGUUAAUGGUGGAUUCCAAGGUGGUCAACAACUCGAUCUAUGUCUUUUACAACUCAACGAAGACGGUAGUAACACGGUGAUGCAAACCUUUUCACUUGACUCUUUGCUUGGCCAGUCUAUCCCCGCCGACAAGUGGGUCAAGGUGAUAGCCGAUCUCGGUGCACUUCCCAAAGGCACACAAUACGAUGGUAUCUGGUUGAAACCACCCAAUGCAACCUAUCAAUCACCUCUCUUUGUCGACAAGGUCACUAUCCGUGCCUAUAUCGACCCACCAAUGCCUGCUGAAUGGCAAGAUCAAUCUGAAGAAUCAUCUUCUUCAAAAUUAAUAAUAAUGACUCAAAAAUUAUUCUUCACAACUAUUAUUUUAUUAUCUUAUUUUUUAUUAUUUUAA